ACCCGCCCCCUCCCCAGUUUGGGAGCUGAGGUGGGCGCGGGUGUGAGGGUGUAUAUCUGUGACCGGCACUAUUAGUUAUGUCACUGGGUUGUUGUCUCAUUUGCAGUGCACGUGGCAUUGUGCCAGUGAAGAGGACCAUGGAACCAGAAGAGGAGCCCUGGACAAUGGCCCCUGUGAAGACCUCAGCAGCCUCUUCUGAUCUCCAGGAGUUUUCCAGCUUUUUUGAGAGGAUUGUGCAGGACCUGACAGCGGAGGAAUGGGGGCACCCGGAGAUUGGGGAUGCAGUCUCCCGCUUGCGAGAGGUCCUGGAGUACAAUGCUCCUGGUGGAAAGUGUAAUCAGGGAAUGACUGUUUUGGCCUCUGUCCGGGAGCUGUUACCGCCAGCGCAGCAGGAUGUGGAGACCAUAGAGAGGGCCCUGGUUGUGGGCUGGUGUGUGGAGCUGCUGCAGAUGGCCAUGCUGAUUGCCGAUGACAUUAUGGAUAACUCUACAACCCGUCGUGGACAUCCUUGCUGGUACAAGAAGGAGGGCAUCGGCCUAGAUGCAAUCAAUGACGCAUUCCUUCUUGAAUCAUGUAUAUAUCGGCUCCUGAGGAAGCACUGCCGCGGACAGUCCUAUUACCUGAACCUGCUGGAGCUGUUCCUGGAGACCUCGUACCAGGCCGGGCUAGGACAGUCCCUGGAUGCAAUCACCGCUCAGCCAGGGAAGGUGGAUCUAGCUCGGUACACAGAGACCAGGUAUAAAUCCAUUGCGGAAUACAAGACGCCUCCAUGUCUGUUCUACCUGCCCGUCGCUACUGCCAUGUUCAUGGCUGGGAAAGACCAGGAGGAGGAUCACAGAAAUGCUAAAACAAUCCUGUUGGAAAUGGGGGAAUUCUUCCAGAUACAGAAUGAUUACCUGGACUGUUACGGAGACCCCAGCGUUACUGGGAAGAUUGGAACAGACAUCCAGGAAAACAAGUGUGGGUGGCUGGUGGUAGAGGCACUAAAGAGGAUGACUCCUGAGCAGAGGAGACGCCUGGAGGAAAACUACGGCCGUGACGAUGCGGUCAAGGUGCAGCGGGUAAAGCAGCUAUACGAGGAUCUUGACCUGUCCACUGUGUACAGACAAUAUGAGGAAGAGAGUUACCAGAGACUGCAGAUUCUCAUCUCCCAGCAUGCAAAUGGGCUGUCCAAGGAGACCUUCCUGGGCCUGGCACGCAAGAUUUACAAGAGACAGAAAUAAGUGUGUGCUGACUGUAUGUAGGGCUCCCCCUCCUGGCCAGUUGUAGGAUUGCACAUUCUCAGGACAGCUUGCAGUUAUUGGUGAUAAUAUGAUGCAUCUGGUACCAGUGAAGCAUUUUCUGCUUCCUCAUACUGUGGCGAUAUAUGGGCCGAUCGAGCAAAUGGACGAUAUAUCGCUGGCGGGUCGGCAGGUGUAUGCAAUUGAUAUGUCUGUGAACGCCGUCAUUCACAGACAUAUCACAGCAAAUGGCUGAUAUAUCUUCAGAUACAUCGGGGCAUCUGGCUAUGUGUAUGGGCUGUCCACCAUCUACACAUACACUGGCUGCAGGAUAUAUCACCAUCGUUCAUGCCUGUGACCCUAUUAUACAUUGGCUGUAUACCUCUUACUGACACUGCACAAUAAACGGGUCACACAACUCACAUGCACUGGUGCCAAAUGGGCGACCUAUCACCCCAAAGCUCUCCCCUGUCCUCAUUGUUUGUAACGCUACUAAACAUCAACUCAAUUAUAAUUGUGUUGUUGUCAAGGUGAUACCAUCCCCCUUCCUGGGCACAAACCACAUGCCCAAAAAGCAACUUUCCUGUUUCAUUCUGUUAGACAUACAUGCUGGAGGCAUCCUGCCUCAGACGUGCCAGCUCCGUGAUACAUGUCUGCAG